GGCCGCCUGCGCAGAGGCCAGGGCCACGUUGCUUUCGCGGCGCUGGAGACACGCAUCUCAGCCAUGGCUUCCGCGGAGUCGCGGCGGAUGGGGAAUGGCGGCAGUGUCGGGGGCGCCUUCCAACCCUACUUAGACUCCUUGCGGCAGGAGCUACAGCAGAGGGACCCGACGCUGCUGUCAAUCGUGGUGGCGCUUCUCGCAGUGCUGCUGACGCUGGUGUUCUGGAAGUUCAUCCGCAGCAGAAGGAGCAGUCAAAGAGCUGUUCUUCUUGUUGGCCUGUGUGACUCUGGGAAAACAUUGCUCUUUGUCAGAUUGUUAACUGGCCUUUAUAGAGACACUCAGACAUCGAUCACUGACAGCUCUGCUCUGUACAGAGUCAACAAUACCAGGGGUGCUAGCCUGACCUUGAUUGAUCUCCCUGGCCAUGAGAGCUUGAGACUUCAAUUCUUAGAGCGUUUUAAGGCUUCAGCCAGGGCUGUUGUGUUUGUUGUGGAUAGUGCAGCCUUCCAACGAGAGGUGAAAGAUGUGGCAGAGUUUCUCUAUCAAGUUCUCAUUGACAGUAUGAGUUUGAAGAACACACCGUCAUUCUUAAUCGCCUGCAAUAAGCAAGACAUUACAAUGGCAAAAUCUGCAAAAUUAAUUCAGCAGCAGCUUGAGAAAGAACUCAACACUUUACGAGUCACCCGUUCUGCUGCCCCCAGCACACUGGACAGUUCCAGCACUGCCCCUGUUCAGCUGGGAAAGAAAGGCAAAGAAUUUGAGUUCUCACAGUUGCCCCUCAAAGUGGAGUUCCUGGAGUGCAGUGCCAAGGGCGGAAGAGGGGACGCUGGCUCUGCUGACAUCCGGGACCUGGAGAAAUGGCUGGCUAAAAUCGCCUGAGGGGCAGAGCUAAAGUGCAGGAUAGUUGAACUUGUAUGUGUGUGGAAAAGGGUGUGGUAGCCUUGAGUUGAUAAAGAAGGGGUACAGAAUGUAAUAAGAAACAUUUUCUUGUUCUGGAAACAAAUUACUGUCGAAAGUAACUUGGAAUUUUUGUUUUUAAGUUUAGUUCUCCCUCAUUGCUUUCUUUUAUUUGUGUGCUUCCCUUUGUUAAGGUGUUGUCCCUUUAACAUAAGCUUGACGUAAGGUUAGGAGGGUAUUAUGAGAAUAUGAUUAUCAUCUGAAAAUUUCUUAUCCUCUGCCUCUGUGCUUUAGUCCCUUUUGCUGAAAACAAACCUGUCUGUAUAUGGAACUAGUUGAUUUCCAUUUGUCCUUGGCUGGUUCACGGUCAAUACAUCAUCUGGUCCUUUGUGAAUUCUCAGAUGUGUGGGUGUAGUUACAAGGUGGUCUCCUGACAUGUGAAGACAGGUAGAAAACAGCAAGGCUGUGUUGACAGCGGGUCUGUUUUUCAUCAGCUUGGUGACUUGUCCACACUCCAGCCUCAUAACACUUAGGUUUCAAAAACAUGCCCUGAACCCUUGGAGUCAUUCCCAGAUGACAGAACUGUAAAUGCUAAAUCCCCAUUGCCAAGGGCCUCGUGUGUUCUGGUGGUUUCCCUUAAUUGAGGAGUCUGUGGAGAUUUAGAAACUGUUGUGGUUUUCUGGAUGGCCAAGGGCUCCUGGAUGUGUUCGUGUGCUGUUUGGCCCCUGUUUUGUACUCCUAGCUAGAAUGCAGUGGAACACAUAGGAAUGAUAAAAGUUCUCCAUAGUUUUAACCAGCAGUGAAUAUACACUUUAAAAAAGAAAAGUCAGCCUCAAAGUGAUGCUCUUUGUUGUCUUCUUGAAUGUUGGCUUUUUAAAUGGCUUUUAUAAAUUAUUAAUGCGUUUCUUGGCAAAUAAAAUAACCUGUCUGGCUCAAAGCGAUGAAA